GCCUAGCUGAAGUCUAGGUCAAAAAUAGGUUGUGCGUUUUACGUGCCGGUUGUAUAAAUAAAGAGAUGAACAAUGCAAAAGGUAUCAGUUACUUUCAAGCUAACCGACUUCAUACUACCAUGAAACUGUUUAUCAUUGCCACUGUCUUGGCCGUUGCUGCCGCCGUUCCUUCUGGCUACCCAUCGUACGAGAAGAAGUACGAGAAGGACUACAAAUACCCAGAGAUCGUUGUCACUGGUCAAUCUGAUGAGCGCAAUCUCGAUGGAAGCAGCCAAUGGAACUACGCCCAAUCCGACUACGCUACCCGCGCUGAAUCCCAGGCCCAGAAGAAAUUCGUCGUCACCAAAGUCGAUGACUAUGGCAAAGAAACCAAAGAGGAAGUCUACGGUAACACCAACCAGGGAUCUUCUUACUGGGUUUCACCUGAAGGCGAGAAAUUCACUUUGACCUGGGUCGCUGAUGAUGCUGGAUUCAAACCCAAGGGCGAUCACUUGCCCGUCGCUCCCGUCCACGUUUACGAACUUCCAGUUGCUCCCGUCCACGAGUACGAACUCCCGGUCGCCCCCGUCCACGAAUACGAACUCCCCGUCGCCCCAGUCCAUAUUCCAUUCAACGGAAAGGGCUACAAAAUCUAUUAAAUUAUUAUUUUUUGCCUGAAGCACUUAUCCAGAUAUUCAAUGCUAUGCCAUUGAAUAUGCUGGUGUAAAUAUACGUAAAGAACAUCC